UUUUUAUCAUUGUAGCUAAAGCAAAUUACAGCCCUUCUCGUUGGCAGUGCAGCAGGUCUGGAAGUGAGGAUGGGGCAGACUUGGCUCUGCAGGCUGGGCCUCUACUUGCUCUGUACUCUUUGCUGUGGAUAUGCUGAAGUUUCUAAGCCGACUGUGAUCCUGCAACCCAACUGGUCUGAGAUAUUCAGAGGAGAGACAGUCACUCUGAGAUGUGAGAUCCAGGGAGGUGGAGGAGCUCAGUGGACGUAUGAAUGGAGCCCAGCCAACAGAAACUCUCCAUCAUCCAGUGAAUACAGGAUCAACACAGCUACUGAACCCUACAGUGGAGACUACAGCUGUAUGGCUAGAAGAGGCUCUGAGCAAACAGAAUGGAGCUCUGCCUUCAGACUGCCUUCAGUGUUAUAUAAACCUAGAGCCACGCUAACAGCAGAUAAAACAAUCAUACCAGCAGUGGGCAGUGUAGCACUACGGUGCUCUGUGUCCAGCUCUGCUGGCUGGAAGUAUGACUGGUUCAGACAGGAGUCAGUGUCUUCUCCAGCUCAGCUCAUCAGAACCAAGGAACCAGAUGGAGUCCUCAGAGUCUCAGAGGGAGGUGUGUACAGCUGCAGAGGAGGAAGAGGAGAUCCAGCUUUCUACACUGAAACCAGCACAGAGGUCACCAUUCAGGAAACUGCUAAGCCUGUCCUCUUUGUGUCUCCAUCAUGGCUGAGUCCUGGAGCCUCAGUGACUCUGAGCUGUGAGGUUAAACCUUCGUCUGCAGGAUGGAGGUUCUUCUGGUAUAAAGCCGUCCCUGAACGAUCCAGCAGCUCCUACAGCUUUUAUCCGAUGCCUGGCAGCACCAACGGGACUGAACAGAACUCCUUCCUCAUUAAUGGACAGAAUCACACAGCAGGAUAUGUGUGCAGAGCAAGAAGAGGAGAAUCAGUGAUUUACACUGAUUACAGUCAACCAAAGUUUGUCUGGUCUGCAGACUCUCCUCCAGCAGCUUCCCUCUCAGUGAGUCCUGACAGAGUUCAACAUUUUCUCCAUCAGUCUGUCACUCUGAACUGUACUGGGAACAAAACUCAGUGGAGAGUGAAGAGCUUUCCAGAACCAGUCAGACCAUCAUCCAGUCAGUGCUCCUGGAGGACAAUGACUGGAUCCUCAUGUACCAUCAAGUUACUGCAGCAUCACAGUGGAGUGUACUGGUGUGAGUCUGGAUCAGGAGAUUUCAGCAACGCAGUCAACAUCACUGUACAGAAUAAUGAUGGUCUUAUCCUGGUGAGCCCCGUCCAUCCUGUGACUGAGGGAGAUCCUGUUACUCUGAGCUGCAGAGAUAAACAACAAAAGCUGCUCUCCAAGGUGUUUUUCUAUCACAAUGACAAACUGCUCCACAAUGACAGCAGAGAGGAGCUGAACAUCUCUGCAGUGUCAAAGUCACAUGAAGGUUUCUACAAGUGUCAACAUUCAGGAAAGGAGUCACCACAGAGCUGGAUGGCUGUUAGAGAGUCUCUGUCCAGUCCUGUCAGCUCUUCAUUUUCUGUGAUGUUGAUCCUUGGACCAAUUAUUGGAAUCGUUCUCAUUAUUCUCCUGCUCUUGUUGUGGCGCUACAAACGGCCCAAAGAUUUGUUCUUUCCCAGAUCAAAAUCAGCCAAUCAGAGGUCCACCACGAAUGACGGUGUAGAGACUGAAAUCAGUGAAUAUAGCUCUCCUCUUCAAGCUGAUGCUCUCUAUGCAUCAGUCAAGGAUUCUCCAGCCACUGAAACUGCUGAACCUAAAGAGAUUACAUACUCCAUGAUUAAAUUAAAAAAACUCAGGAGAAAGAAGAGACCUCGUGAACCAGAUGAGCGCGUUGUUUACUCUGAAGUGAAACCAGCAGCUGCAGAACCCAUUCCAAUGUAUGCUGAAAUCAACCAUAAGAAUAAAGCCAAGAAAGAGAAGAAAGAGAAGUCGAGUCCUGCAGCAACCGAUGAAUCAGUUUAUUCUGAAGUCAAAUGAGGAACAUCUCUGGAUAAUGAAUCUGCUUCGUAGUCUGCAUGCUGUGCUGGUUUAGUCUGUGUUGUUUUGCAAGAAUUACGCUGUGAAACAAUGUUGUAAGCUACUAUAUAUGCUCAACGUAGAAUCAACAUUGUCUUUAAGCUCAAGGCACAAGCUUUAAAGUUUUGAAGAUCUCUUUUGGUACUUUUGAGUAGAAUAAAUAUUUAAUCCUACUUUAACCAAAAUGCAGCAAAGGAAACAUUUAAUUUGCAUGACAUUUUAGACAUUUAAGGCAUAUAUUGCUGUAUCAAAUAAAAAAGAUGUUCUAAUAGCAUCAACAUUAACAUCUAUGUAUUUUAGAAAUAAAGACAUUUAAACUAUAA